AUGUUGAUCAGAAGUCCAGGUUAUAUGGCAGAACUUGCGGCCAAAUUGCAAAAUGAAAAAGAAAAGACAAAAUCUGAUGAUGAAUUAAGAGAAAAGGCUGGGACGAGAGAUAUUAUAGGGCAAGAAGCUGUAGAUAGAGAAACACGCUUAUUUCUCACUCAUGCUACGGUUUUACCCUAUUCUGGAGAUAAAGAUCCUGAUAGGAUUACUUAUUUUAUCAGUGAAAUUAUUAGAAUUUCAAAAUGUUUGAACCUCCGUGAUAGUCAGUUAAUUACUUUGAGUGGUAGAAACAUGACAGGUCAAGCUGAGGAAUGGUUUUAUGAUCGUAGGAGUUCUAAGGAAUAUAUGGAUGAAACGUUCCAACAAUUCAUCCAUGCCCUUGAAGAUCGUUUUGUAGGAUGCAAUGAUAAACAAGAACAGACGGAGAAACUUCUAUGUUACAACUGUUUAAAAGAAGGGCAUUUUGCAUCGGAAUGUCCUGAGAGUUAG